AAAUACUACAUGGACGAGUCUAGCUCGAACUCUGAUGAUAAAGCAGAUUCUGCCUUUCUCCGUGUAGCCAGUAUGGUGAAUCGCGAUGCAAAAGAAAUACAUCGCAUUGAUGAAAACGAUUCAGAGUCUUCUUUUCUAAAAGAUUCCGUGAACGCAACAGAAGUUAUAAAGUCGAGCGAAGUAGAGACGAGGACUCUCGUUACAUUAAAAGCAAAAAUGGAGGAACUGAGAGAACAAUUGGAGCACGAGCAUGAUAUUGGGAAUAUAAACGAGCUCUGUCAAAGUAUUCAGAGUUGUGUUGCGACAUUGGGGACAAUUGAAGAGUUGAUUUUCAAAAGACAUCUGGCU